CUAACUCCUUUCUCUCUCUCUUCCCCAUAUAGCCUCCUCUGUUUUUUCCUCUCUUCAAAACUAUACUCCUUCCUUCCUACUUAUCGUAUCCAUACAUAUUCACCUCCGAUUCAUAUACGUAUACCCAUACACACAAUCGUACACACAUACUUCUAUCAAUUUCCACACACCUCUCGAAGAUCUCUCUGCUUCGUUCUGGGAUUGUGCGUUGUUCGUGCGUUUCGGUCGGAUCUGCUGCUCGAUUAGGAUCGUAAUCGGAGUUCUGUUUUCGAGCAAGGCAUGAUUGUUGAAGAUCAUUGAGAGGAGUUUUAGUUACUUGGAGGAGAAGAUGAAGAGGUCUAGCGACGUCGUGUACGCCGGUUCUCAACUCAAACGGCCCGUCCUUUCCUCUCAUGCUGAAUCCUCUGGACAAGCUCAGAUGAUGGGUGGAGCGAGCACACAAAAAUUAACAACAAAUGAUGCAUUGGUAUAUCUCAAGGCAGUUAAGGACAUAUUUCAAGACAAUAAGCAGAAAUACGAUGAGUUCCUCGAUGUUAUGAAAGAUUUCAAGGCUCAAAGAAUUGACACGACUGGUGUCAUAGAAAGAGUGAAAGAUUUAUUUAGAGGGCAUCGAGACCUAAUUUUAGGUUUCAAUACCUUUUUGCCAAAGGGCUAUGAGAUCACCCUUCCAAUUGAGGACGAUCCACUUCCUGCUAAGAAACCUGUUGAGUUUGAAGAAGCGAUUAAUUUUGUCAACAAAAUUAAGACAAGGUUUCAAGGUGAUGAUCGUGUGUAUAAAUCUUUUCUUGAUAUUUUGAAUUUGUAUCGGAAGGAAAACAAAUCCAUUACCGAGGUCUAUGAGGAGGUUACACAGCUUUUCCGUGAGCACCCUGACCUGCUUGUGGAGUUCACGCAUUUUCUACCUGAUUCUUCGGCAUCAGCCACUAUUCCUCAUGCUCCGUCUGGUAGGAAUUCUAUUUUUCGACGUGAUGACAGGGGCUCACCCUUGCCUGCAAUGAGGCAUAUAGAAAAGAAGCCCGUAGUUUCGCAUGUUGACCGUGACCUGAGUGUUGAGCGGCCCGAUAUAGACCAUGAUAAAGCACUGAUGAGAGCUGACAAAGAGCAGCGAAGGCGUGGUGAAAAAGAGAGAAGGGAAGACAGAGACCGAAGGGAAAGAGAGCGGAAAUCUGCUCAUAGGGUUGAAGACUCUGUUGCUGACCAAUUCCACCAGGGUGGGGAAGGUGUGGAAAACUUUGGCAUGCAUCCUGGUUCAUCCUCGCAUGAUGACAAGUCUGCCAUGAAAAAUAUGUACAGCCAAGAGUUUGCCUUCUGCGAGAAAGUGAAGGAGAGAUUACGUAAUCCUAAUGUUUACCAGGAGUUUUUGAAGUGCCUUCAUAUCUAUAGCAAAGACAUUAUUGAGCGAUCACAGUUGCAAAUCCUGGUUGAUGGCUUACUUGGGAGCCAUCCAGACCUAAUGGAGGGCUUCAAUGACUUUUUGGCGCGGUGUGAAAAGAUUGAUGAUUUUCUUGCUGUUGCCGGUGUUACGGGUAAAAGAUCCUUGUGGAAUGAAGGUAAUUCAGCCAGACCAGUGAAGGUAGAGGAUAGGGAUAGAGAUCGAGAGAGGGAAGGUAGGGAAAAGGAUAGAGAAAACAGAGAAAGAGAUAGACCUGACAAAGGUGUAGCCUAUGGUGAUAAAGAUGCAGUAGGUCAUAAGAUGUCUCCGUUUUCAAGCAAAGACAAGUACAUGGCGAAACCUAUUCAAGAACUUGACCUCUCUAACUGUGAGCAAUGCACUCCCAGUUACCGACUUCUGCCGAAGGAUUAUCCAAUCCCUUCAGCAAGCCAGAGAACUGAUAUAGGGGCUCAUGUAUUGAAUGAUCAUUGGGUGUCUGUCACUUCUGGCAGUGAGGAUUACUCUUUUAAACAUAUGCGCAAAAACCAGUAUGAAGAAAGCUUGUUUCGAUGUGAAGAUGACAGGUUUGAGCUGGAUAUGUUGUUAGAAUCUGUCAAUGUGACAACCAAGCGUGUUGAAGAACUGUUGGAUAAGAUCAAUGAUAAUAUAAUAAAAACUGACAGUCAUAUUCAUAUUGAAGACUAUUUUACAGCUCUGAAUAUGAGGUGCAUCGAACGUCUAUAUGGUGAUCACGGCCUUGAUGUGAUGGAUGUAUUGAGGAAGAACGCACCUCUUGCGCUCCCAGUUUUAUUAACCCGUUUGAAGCAGAAACAAGAGGAGUGGGCUAGGUGUCGUGCGGAUUUUAAUAAAGUUUGGGCCGAUAUCUAUGCUAAGAACUAUCACAAAUCACUUGAUCAUCGUAGCUUUUACUUCAAGCAGCAAGACACAAAGAGCUUGAGCACAAAAGCCUUAUUGACUGAGAUCAAAGAAAUCAGUGAAACGAAGAACAAGGAGGACGAUGUGCUGCUUGCUAUCGCUGCCGGAAAUAGACGACCUAUCAUUCCACAUAUGGAAUUCGAGUAUCCCGAUUCAGACAUCCAUGAAGACCUGUACCAACUCAUCAAAUAUUCCUGUAUUGAAGUUUGUACAAAUGAACAGCUUGAUAAAGUUAUGAAGAUCUGGACAACCUUCCUCGAGCCAAUGCUUGGGGUUCCUAGUCGGUCUUCUCAGGGGACAGAGGACACGGAACAUGUCAUGAAGGCUAAGAAUCAAGUGUCACGAAGUGUUGCAGAAGGAGAUGCCAGUCCAGUUGCUGGUACAACUGUCACUUCUACAAAAUUAUCUAGUCCAUCCAGAAAUGGUGAUGAAAGAACUUCACCUGAACAAUCAAGUGCAUGCCUAGCUUCGUUGGUAAAUGGUGAUAAUGUUGCUAAAAAAGAUGGCCCUCAUAAUGCAAAUCAUGCUGGGUUUAAAACUGAUGCUCUAUGUAACAUCCCUCAACUUGGAAAUGUUCCAAGUGCUGGUAUUGUGAGUGAUGAGACCUCUGUAGUUAGCAGGCAAGCUAGUUCAAACGAGCAGUUAGCAUGUUUUAAUACAUCUCUUGUGGCUGGAACUGAUGAAUGUCAUGGAAGAACGAACAUGGAAAACAAAUCAGGGCUUUGUGCUACUCCAAAUAGACGUGGAAAUGCUGCUAGUGAAAAAGUUUUACCUUUAUCAGAGGGUGGUGCUUGUGCAAGACCUGUUUCAUCUUCAAAUGGGGUAGCUGCAGAAGGCAAUACAGUUCACAGGCAUCAUGAAGAGUCUGUUGGGAAAUUCAAAGUUGAAAGAGAAGAAGGUGAACUCUCUCCCAAUGGAGAUUUUGAGGACAAUUUUGCAGCAUAUGGGGAUGGUGAUGCGGAGGCUGCUCAUAAGUCGAAGGAUAGUGCUGCAAUCGGUCAAGGUCAAGGUCAAGGAGAAGAAGAUCUAUGUUGCGGCGAGGCAAGAGGUGAAAAUGAUGCUGAUGCCGAUGAUGAAGGUGAGGAAAGUGCUCAGAGGUCAACAGAGAACAGUGAGAAUGCUUCUGAGAAUGGUGAUGUUUCAGCAAGUGAAUCUGCUGAUGGUGAAAAUUGUGAGGAAGAUGAUGGAGACCAUGAAGAGAAUGAUAACAAGGCCGAAAGUGAAGGUGAGGCUGAAGGGAUGGCUGAUGCCCAUGAUAUUGAAGGAUAUGGAACGUCGUUGCCCUUCUCUGAACGUUUUCUACAAACAGUGAAGCCUCUUACAAAGCAUGUUUCUGUAGCAUUACAUGACAAAGAGAAGGAUUCUCGUGUUUUUUAUGGAAACGAUUCCUUCUAUGUGCUUUUCAGGCUUCAUCAAACCCUUUAUGAGAGAAUACAGUCAGCUAAGAUUAAUUCUUCAUCUGCUGAAAAGAAGUGGAGGGGUUCGAAUGAUACAUCUCCAACUGAUCUGUAUGCUAGGUUCAUAAGUGCGCUGUACAGUUUACUUGAUGGUUCCUCUGAUAAUACGAAAUUUGAGGAUGAUUGCCGAGCUAUUAUUGGAACUCAGUCGUAUGUUCUGUUCACGUUAGACAAGCUGAUAUACAAGCUUGUCAAACAGCUUCAAACAAUUGCUGCUGAUGAGAUGGACAACAAACUACUCCAACUACAUGCAUAUGAAAAAUCAAGAAAACCUGGACGAUUUGCUGAUGUAGUUUACCAUGAAAAUUCACGUGUUCUUCUUCAUGAAGAGAACAUAUAUCGGAUCGAAUGCUCGUGUGCACCAACUCGUUUGUCCAUACAGUAUAUGGACCAUGGCCAUGAUAAGCCUGAAGUUACUGCCGUUUCUGUGGACCCUAAUUUUGCAGCAUAUCUUCAUAAUGACUUCUUGUCACUUGUACCAGACAGAAAGGAGAAGCCUGGAAUUUUCUUGAGAAGAAAUAAUUGCAAAUAUGGAUUUGGAGAUGAGCUUUCUGCUUCAUGCCAAGCGAUGGAGGGACUCCAAGUUGUGAAUGGUCUUGAGUGCAAGAUUGCUUGCAAUUCAUCCAAGGUCUCUUACGUUUUAGACACAGAAGAUUACUUGUUCCGGACAAGAAGAAAAAGGAAAACCUUCUAUCGCAACACCUCGUGCUCUGUCCAAACCAAGUCUUCAACUCAUCUAAGCAGAGUAGGACGCUUCCACAGAUUGCUUUCUGGUUCAUCAUAGUAUGAGACAACUUAAACAGGGGUAAGUUGUAUACUCCUAAUUUAAGUUCGAAGUCUGUACAUAUGUUGGAAUUCAUGUUAUUUCAAGUAGUGGACCAGGAUGUUGUUGAUUUUGUUUUGGAAAUAUUCAAUAGCCAAUCCGACACUUCAAAGGCAAAGGCACUGGAAAUGGAAGAGACGAGUGAAAGAGCUUUCGAGGAAGUAUCCGUCGUGUAGCUAUGCAAUAAAGAAAGGAGGAAAGAGUGUUCGGCCCAAAAGAUAAUGGUGCGCUGCAAGUACCUUGGCAUUUUGAACCAAUUCUGCAUUGAACCCGAUUCUGUAUAUAGGACAUAUCGCCCAAUGUAAAUUAGAGAUGUGUUCAUUUUAUUCGUUUACUCUCUCUUUAUUAUCUUUCGUUCAUUAUUUUUUUGUCUUCAGUCCAUGUAGCACCUGCACUGCGAUGCAGCUUGAGUACCAAGUGUAAGAAGAAAUUUUCAAGUUAAAUGACAAUAUAGCAUCCGUUUUGGUUCAAA